AUGAUGAACUAUCGUAUCAUUAUCGUUUUGUUGGUUAUUUUUUCAAUUCAAGGCAUUUUUGGUGAACAAUGCUUGAGUGAUCAAUGGCCACCAAAACCAGAUCGAAUCGUUCCAACAUAUGUUGUAAAUUUAGAUUUACCACCUGUCGAACGUUGGAAAAAUAUUUCAACUAUUUACAAACCUGCUAUUAUCGAUUUAGUUAACUAUAUCAAAACAUUCGCUUUGUCAAUAUCGCCUGAAUUGCAAUUUCUUAUCAGUCUGGUUGACACUAAAUUGCCAGCUAUGGCUGACACAUUACCCGCACCGUAUGGUGAUGAAAUGAAAGGCAUUAGUCAAGCAACUGGAGCACCAUUGGGUGAAAUUGUUUUAUACAAUAUUUUCUAUGAAAUUUUCACCUUAUGUACAUCGAUUGUGGCAGAAGAUCAAAAUGGAAAAAUUCUUCAUGGACGAAACCUUGAUUUUGGACUUCUAUUGGGCUGGGAUAUGUUAAAUAAUACAUGGGAAUUAUCAGAAAAGUUACGUCCAUUGAUUACUCAAGUAAAUUUUACUCAAAAUGGUCAAGUUAUUUUUCGAACAACGACCUUUGCUGGCUAUAUUGGUGUUAUUACUGGCGUUCGACCUGGCGUUUUUAGUAUUUCCAUGAACGAACGUUAUGGUCUUAAAGGUGGCUAUAUUGGCUUAAUCGAAUGGAUAUUUGAUAUUAAUCGUAAUCAAUCAUUUGUUACAUUUGCUAUGCGUGAUAUGUUAACAACAUCAGAAACUUAUGAUCAAGCAGUAAAAUUUUUAGCUGAAGUUAAACUUACAGCUCCGUGUUAUUACAUUCUUGCAGGACCACUAUCAAAACAAGGUGUCAUUAUUACUCGUUCACGUAAUGGUUCUGACGAUAUUAAACCAUUAGGUAAAGAUAAUUUAUGGUUUUUAAUUGAAACAAACUAUGAUAAUUGGAAAAAACCACCAUUCUUUGAUGAUCGUAUAACACCAUGUAUUAAAUGUAUGAAAAUGAAAGGAAAAAGUCAAGUUACUUUUGAAUCAUUAUUUAAUGUUUUUUCAUCAAGACCUGUGCUCAAUAAAUUAACUGUAUAUACAGCUUUGAUGGAACCAGCUACUGGUCGAUUAGAAUCCUUUUGGCAAUAUUGUCGUGAUGAAGAUGCACCAUGUGCACCUUGGUAA